AGGAGCAGUCAUCAUAUCCUAACUAUAAUUCUAACUAUUGGAAUUCUACUGCCCGAUCUAGGAUUUCCUAUCCAAGUACAUACCCUGUAAGACCGGAAAUACAAGGCCAGAACUUCAUUCUUCAGCUAAUAGUAAGGAUUGUUGAGAGGAACAUGUAGGGCGGUUCAUGGAGCAGGGUGUGAGCAGCACUGAAGCACACCAUCUCACACAGAGGAGGCAGAAGGUAUUGUCUCACCAGACUGUUGAAGCUUGUGAGAGUUUGAAUUCUUAUACAAAUGGAGCAUACGGCCCACCAUACCCCACUGGUCCUAGUGCCAAUACUGCCUCAUACUCUGGGGCAUGUUACACACCUGGAUAUACUCAGACCAAUUACUCUACAGAGAUUCCAAACACCUACUGUUCAUCAGGCAACAGCCCAACCCCGGUUUCCCGUUGGAUGUAUCCUCAGCAGGAUUGCCAGCCUGAAACACCUGCUCUUAGGGGACAGGUUCCAGGAUAUCCUGCUUCACAGAACCCUGGAAUGACCCUACCUCAUUAUACUUAUGGGGAUGGUAAUCGUAGCAUUCCGCAACCAGGACCUAGUGUACGAUCACAAGAGGACUCAUGGGCAUCUCCUGGUACUUAUGGAAUGGUAAAUCGUUACCCCUGGCCUUCAGCUGCACCUGCAGGACCACCUAGCAACCUCUAUAUGAGCGAAAAUACUCCAUGGCCUGGCAAUGGCUCUCCUCAUCCUUCUCAUCCACCUCCUUCACCACCACAGCAACCCAAGGAUUCCUCAUACCCCUAUGGCCAAUCAGAUCAAGGCAUGAACCAGCACAACUUUCCUUGCAGUGUCCAUCAGUAUCAGUGCUCAGGAACAGUGAACAAUGAUAAUUCAGAUCCUGUGGAUUCCCAAGUCCAGUAUAGUGCUGAGCCUCAGCUAUAUGGUAAUACCACAAAUGAACAUCCCAGCAAUCAAGACCAGAAUAAUCUUCCUGAAGAGCCUUUAUCUUCAGAUCAAAGUACUCCCCCAGGUAUUAAAAAAAUCAUACAUGUGCUGGAGAAAGUCCAAUAUCUUGAGCAAGAAGUAGAAGAGUUCAUAGGAAAAAAGACAGACAAAGCAUACUGGCUUCUGGAAGAAAUGUUGACCAAGGAACUUUUGGAACUGGAUUCAGUUGAAACUGGGGGCCAGGACUCUAUUCGGCAGGCCAGGAAAGAGGCCGUUUGUAAAAUCCAGGCCAUACUGGAAAAAUUGGAAAAAAAAAGGAUUAUGAGUAGAUUUAAAACAAAGGGGAAGGGAAGCCUGUUAUUAACUUGACCAAAGAAACGUGAUUUUGGUUAAUUCCUCACUUUUUGAAAUGCCUGUUGAUAACAAGAAGCAAUACAUUCCAACUUUGAGUUAAAGUUUGAAAAACUGGUAAUGUACUUGGAAGAACAUUUUAGUUAUGAAUUGUUUUCCGUUUUCAGACUAAUGAAUGUAAUAAGAAACUGGAGUUAUCAAUAUUGCCAUUACAUUACUUCUCUAAAAUAAACGGACAAUCUAGCAGGCUGCUUCUUAUCAGCAGGAAGAAAAUACAUGUAUGUAACAGGCUUAUCAGAAACCUACCAGACAAGACUGGAUUUAUAAUCUGAGACAGGUUCUGUUUUUAAACAUCUGGAUCACUUGUCACAGUUUUGUACAUUGUGACUUUCAGCACACAUUUCAUGUGUAAAUUACAACUUGGACCUUAGCCUUUCUUGAUCUGUUUUGUUAUUUGUAGUUCACAAAUAGAGUAUUAUUCUCUAUUUCUUGGUAUAUUUUGUAGUACUAUGUUUAAUAUUAUUCAAGAGAUUGAUAACCAGAUAGUAUGACAGUUUUGAAUGAAUUUGUAUCUUUUCAUGACUUCAAUAUACUGCAGUCUGUGUCGUGAGUUUCUGAGGUAAAUUGUCUCCUCUUUUGUAUAGAUCAUUAGAUUGAAAGUUUUAGCACAUCUCUUCACAUUACGAGAGGAAGGUAAAUUUGAAAAUGGCAUUGCAUAGGAAUGAAAUUAUAUGUGGCCAUCUUUCAGUUUUUUAAAAUUAUAGCUGGAUAAAGAUCCUCUUUGUAGGAUAAAAUUAUCUUUUCACUACUAUUUGCUUCCAUAUGGAACAUGAUA